AUGUCUUGGUAUCAUUCAACAUUACUUACGACAGAUCGACGAACAUCUCGUAUUAUCGCAAGUUGUAAACGUUUUUCACGUCGUUUAAGUACUGGAAUAUUUCGAGCUGUUCGUCGUAUACAUACAUCAGAUGCACAAUUGGAUGCAUUACUUUCAAGAAAUCUUCAACAUCCUCGAUCAAUUGAAGAAAUAAUGAAAUGUACACGUUUUUCAAAAUCUGAAAUUCGUCUUCUUUAUCGAACUUUUAAACAAGAAUGUCCAGGUGGAAAUGUUAAUGAAGAAAGAUUACGUGGAAUUUAUUUACAAUUUUUUCCACAAGGCAAUGCAAUUAAAUAUACUCGUUAUCUAUUUUCAAUGAUUGAUCGAAAUCAUAAAGGAACAUUUACAUUUGAUGAUUAUAUUCUAACAUUAUCUGUUCUAUGUCGUGGUACAAUUGAUGAAAAAUUACGAUGGAUUUUUCGUUUCUAUGAUAUUCAUGGUGAAGGACAUUUAACAAGAACAAAUCUUAAUGAAAUCCUUUUGUCACUUAGUGAACUUCUUGGUCCAUCAAGUCAUACACCUAUUCAAGAACAUGAAAUUCAAAAACAUGUCGAUGAAAUAUUUGAACGUAUUGAUCCAAUGCACACCGAGCAAAUAACAGUAAACGAUUUUAUUGAUUAUUGUAAACGGGUUUGUAUUAUUAAUAAUUGA